UUUUGGCCAUUCUCUCUGUCUCUCUCUCUCUCUAUCUCUUCUUGCUCUCUACUACUUAACGAAUUCAAGUCUCCAUUUACGAGCUUAGGGGAAAAUGGUAAAGUCUACUGCCGCUGUCGAUCUCUCUGCGAUUCAUUGUUCUUAUCUAGAUCUUGAUCUGUACCGCAAUUUUUGGUUUUCGCUACUUUCGCCCUCUAUUGUUUCCUACGAUCUAGCUUUACCAAAUCAGCAGACUGUGGAUUAUCCAAGCUUCAAGCUUGUGAUUGUUGGCGAUGGUGGUACAGGGAAAACUACCUUCGUGAAAAGGCAUCUUACAGGCGAGUUUGAGAAGAAAUAUGAACCAACGAUUGGCGUGGAAGUUCAUCCCUUGGACUUCUUUACCAACUGUGGGAAAAUCCGAUUCUACUGCUGGGACACAGCUGGACAAGAGAAGUUUGGUGGGCUUAGAGAUGGAUACUACAUCCAUGGCCAAUGUGCUAUAAUCAUGUUUGAUGUUACUGCCCGGUUGACUUACAAGAAUGUGCCCACAUGGCAUCGGGAUCUUUGCCGGGUUUGUGAAAAUAUCCCUAUUGUUCUUUGUGGAAACAAGGUUGACGUGAAAAACAGGCAGGUGAAGGCAAAGCAGGUUACCUUCCACAGGAAAAAGAACUUGCAGUACUAUGAGAUUUCGGCAAAGAGCAAUUAUAAUUUUGAGAAGCCUUUUCUUUAUCUUGCAAGAAAACUUGCUGGGGAUCCUAAUUUGCACUUUGUUGAGUCACCAGCCCUAGCACCUCCAGAAGUGCAGAUUGACCUAGCAGCACAGCAACAGCAUGAGGCUGAGCUUGCUGCUGCUGCUAGUCAACCCCUCCCGGAUGACGAUGAUGACACAUUCGAGUAAAUUGUGAUGGUGGAUUGCAAUUGAAGGAAGAAAGUUUAAUGUGGUUGAGGAUGUGAUAUUAUGUCCUUACAUGUAUGAGCGUGUGUUUCAUUUUUACCCGUAUGUUUUGAGUUCUGUUUGAUCAUUUUGUGCGGGGGGAUUUUGCUGUGUGUAUUCUUUCUUGUUGCACCAAAAUUUUUCAAGCUAAUGCUUAAUCCCUGUAGGAUGUUAGUGUUGCUCUAUAUAUUUAUCUCGAUCUUGAAUUAA